AUGUCGUCCGCUCUCCGUUGCCGUCAACUGCAGCGCCAGAUCCUCUCCUGCGAACGACGUCUCCUCCUCCACAGCUUCCGGCCUCACUGUCCCACGCAUCGACCUCCAAUCACCCUCGCCCGUCUUCAAUACCCCCGCCAUGCCUCCCACCAAUCCCAAACCUCCACAAAGAAUACUCAGAACCAAAAGUCAAAAUCGACACCGUCUAAAUACCCACCUAUAAAACCGGAUCCUCACAAGAUCUGGCUCCGUGAGCAAGCUCACCUUGCGAAUCCUCGGCCGACCUUCGAUCCUAAAGGCAAAUACAAAUUCAAAUUAACCGGUGAAUCACUGUAUCAAAAGCAAAGACGGGUGGAUAAACAGGUCGCAACUGCAUUAUUUCUCUUCAUAGGCAUCAUUGUUGUCACGCAGAUAUGGUUACCUAGGAAUCCAAAGUUCCCGGGUGGUUAUAAACUCGAUAACGAUUCUGCGGUCUCAGAUGAGGAUAAGAAGAAAUUCGAAGACGCGGUGAAAGGUGGGAAUGUGGUUAUAAAGGAAGCUACAAAUGUAGGAGAUACAGUGGAGACAGUACCCAGCGGUUCUAAGAAUGUAAGCCCGCUUCCGAAGCAGAUUUACCUGCCAGCGGCACCAAUAGGCGACGACCAAGUGCUAGAGGAGUAUACCCUCCUUGGUAACGGUGUCCGUUCCGUCUCCUUCCUCGGCAUCCAAGUCUACGUCAUGGCCUUCUAUGUCGCCACUUCUUCCCUUCCAAAUCUUCAAAAACAUCUCCUACACACCCUCGACGUCCCAUCAACAGCCACAACAGCCACAUUACCGGAACGAGAAGCUUUAAAAGCCAAACUCCUCUCCGACAAAGGUAGCGUCGAGUUCUUCUCCGCCUUCCUAGACACCCGAGAGGGCAAUGGUGUAAGAACGGCGAUUAGAGUCGUACCGACAAGAAGCACAGAUUACCCACAUCUCCGCGAUGGUUGGGUUCGUGGUAUUCAAGGGAAAACCACUAUUAACCCAGAAAUUUACGAUGACGAUGCAUUCGUAGACUCAAUCGGAAGGUUUAAAGCAAUCUUUGGGGGUAGGAAGGCAGUACCCAAGGGCCGAGCCUUGAUCCUCUUACGUGAUGAAAACGGGGCUUUAUUCGCCUAUGGACCCGACGAAGCAGUUAAGGACAAGGAAUUGAAGCUGCUUAGUGAGGGUGCAAAGAAGAAGGAAAGCAUGCAUGGGCUAAAAAUGUUGGGAGUCAUGGAUGACCCGAGAGUUGCGAGAGCACUCUGGCUGUGUUACUUCGCCGGGAAGAAGGUGGCGAGUGAAGGUGCAAGGAGCAGUGUAGUAGAUGGGUUGGUGGAAGUUGUCAGCAGGCCGGUAGGGAGUACCGAGGGGAAAGUGGUUUAA